GGACUGAGUCAGGGAGAAGAGUCGAUAAAACCACCUGAUCGAGGUAGGAGGAAGGCACAGCGGGGCGAGGACUCCAGCGGCCACCGCGGCGGAGAGCGCUCGGCCCGGCCAUGCCCGCGCUCUGGCUCAGCUGCUGCCUGGCGCUCCUGCUGCCCGCGGCCCAGGCCACCUCCCGGAGGGAAGUCUGUGAUUGCAAUGGGAAGUCCAGGCAAUGUGUCUUUGAUCAGGAGCUCCAUCGACAGACAGGCAGCGGGUUCCGCUGCCUCAACUGCAACGACAACACUGCCGGAGUUCAUUGCGAGAGGUGCCGGGAGGGGUUCUACCGGCAGCGAGACAGAGAUCGCUGCCUACCCUGCAACUGCCACUCAAAAGGUUCUCUCAGUGCUGGAUGUGACAACUCCGGACAGUGCAGGUGUAAGCCAGGUGUGACAGGACACAGGUGUGACCGAUGCCAGCCAGGCUUCCAUACGCUCACUGAUGCUGGCUGUACCCGAGACCAGAGACAACUAGAGUCCAAGUGUGACUGCGACCCAGCUGGCAUCGCUGGACCCUGUGAUUCCGGCCGCUGUGUCUGCAAGGCAGCUGUCACUGGAGCUCGCUGUGAUAGGUGCCGACCAGGCUACUAUCAUCUGGACAGGGCAAACCCUGAGGGGUGUACCCAGUGUUUCUGCUACGGGCACUCAGCCAGCUGCCACAGCUCUGCAGACUUCAGUGUCCACAAGAUCACUUCAACUUUCUAUCAGGAUGCUGAUGGCUGGAAAGCAGUUCAGAGGAACGGGGCUCCUGCAAAGCUCCACUGGUCGCCUCGCCACCAGGACGUGUUCAGUUCUGCCCGAAGAUCGGACCCGGUCUUUUUUGUGGCCCCUGGCAAAUUUCUUGGUAAUCAGCAAGUGAGUUAUGGGCAGAGCCUGUCUUUUGACUACCGAGUAGACAGAGGAGGCAGGCACCCGUCGGCUUACGAUGUAAUCCUGGAAGGCGCUGGUCUACAGAUCCGAGCUCCUCUGAUGCCGCUUGGCAAGACGCUUCCCUGUGGAAUCACAAAGACUUACACGUUCAGAUUAAAUGAACACCCAAGCAGUCAGUGGAGCCCCCAGCUGAGCUACUUUGAGUAUCGGAGGCUGCUGCGGAACCUCACGGCCCUCCUGAUCCGAGCUACGUACGGAGAGUACAGCACGGGGUACAUUGACAACGUGACCCUGAUCUCAGCCCGCCCUGUCUCUGGGGCCCCAGCACCCUGGGUUGAACACUGUGUAUGCCCUGCUGGCUACAAGGGACAGUUCUGCCAAGAUUGCGCCUCUGGCUACAAAAGAGAUUCAGCGAGACUGGGGCCUUUUGGCUCCUGUAUUCCCUGUAACUGCCAAGGAGGCGGGGCCUGCGAUCCAGACACGGGAGAUUGCUACUCGGGGGAUGAGAACCCUGACAUUGAGUGUGCUGACUGUCCCAUUGGUUUCUACAACGACCCACACGACCCCCGCAGCUGCAAGCCGUGCCCCUGCCACAAUGGGUUCAGCUGCUCAGUGAUGCCUGAGACGGAGGAGGUGGUGUGCAACAAUUGCCCCCCUGGGGUCACAGGUGCCCGCUGUGAGCUCUGUGCUGAUGGCUACUUCGGGGAUCCCUUUGGGGAACGUGGCCCAGUGAGGCCUUGUCAGCGCUGCCAAUGUAACAACAACGUGGACCCCAGUGCCUCUGGGAACUGUGACCAGUUGACAGGCAGGUGUCUGAAGUGCAUCUACAACACAGCUGGUCUCCACUGUGACCAGUGCAAGGCAGGUUACUUCGGAGACCCGCUGGCUCCCAACCCAGCAGACAAGUGCCGAGCUUGUAGCUGCAACCCCAUGGGCUCAGAGCCUGGAGAGUGCCGAAGCGAUGGCAGCUGCGUCUGCAAGCCAGGCUUCGGGGGUCCUAACUGUGAGCCCGCAGCCCUCACCAGUUGUCCUGCUUGCUACAAUCAAGUGAAAACUCAGAUGGACCAGUUUACCCAGCAGCUCCAGAGCCUGGAGGCCCUGGUUUCAAAGGCUCAGGGUGAUGGUGGCACAGUCCCCAGUGCGGAACUGGAAGGCAGGAUGCAGCAGUUGGAACAGGCCCUCCGGGACAUUCUACGAGAAGCCCAGGUUUCAGACGGUGCUAAGAGAGCCCUCAGUCUCCAGCUGGCCAAGGCAAGGAGCCAAGAGAACAGCUACCGGAACCGCCUGGAUGACCUCAAGAUGGCUGUGGAAAGGGUCCAGGCCCUGGGCAGUCAGUAUCAGAACCGAGUUCAGGAUACCAGUAGACUCAUCUCUCAGAUGCGGCUGGGCCUGGCGGAAAGCGAAGCUUCCCUGCAAAAUACUAACAUCCAUUCCUCAGAGCAUUAUGUGGGGCCAAAUGGCUUUAAAAGCCUGGCUCAGGAGGCCACAAGAUUGGCGGACAGCCAUGUUGAGUCAGCUAACACAAUGAAGCAACUAGCAAGGGAAACAGAGGACUAUUCCAAGCAAGCGCUUUCACUGGCCCGCGAGGCUCUGAGUGGAGGAGGAGGAAGCGGCAUCCUGGACAGCUCUGUGGUACAAGGCCUUAUGGGAAAAUUAGAGAAAACCAAGUCUCUGGCCCAGCAGUUGUCAAGGGAAAGCACCCAAGCCGACUUUGAAGCUGACAGGUCUUAUCAACACAGUCUCCGCCUUCUGGAUUCAGCGUCGCAGCUUCAGGGACUCAGUGAUCUGUCCUUUCAGGUGGAAGCGAAGAGGAUCAGGCAGAAAGCUGAUUCUCUCUCAGACCUGGUUACCAGACAAAUGGAUGCGUUCACUCGGGUGCAGAACAAUCUGGGGAACUGGGAAAAGGAAACACAGCAGCUGUUACAGACCGGAAAGGAUGGAAGACAGAGUUCAGGUCAGCUGCUCUCCCGUGCCAACCUGGCUAAAAGCAGAGCGCAAGAAGCACUAAGUGUGGGCAAUGCCACUUUUUAUGAAGUUGAGAAUAUCCUGAAGAACCUCAGAGAGUUUGAUCUGCAGGUUGAAGACAGAAAAGCAGAGGCUGAAGAGGCCAUGAAGAGACUCUCCUAUAUUAGCCAGAAGGUUGCAGAUGCCAGUGACAAGACCCAGCAAGCUGAAAGGGCCCUGGGGAGUGCUGCUGCUGACACCCAACGGGCAAAGAACGCAGCUAGGGAGGCCCUGGAGAUCAGCAGCGAGAUAGCACAGGAGAUUGGGGGUCUGAACUUGGAAGCCAACGGGACAGCAGAUGGGGCCUUGGCCAUGGAAAAGGGACUGGCCACUCUGAAGAGUGAGAUGAGAGAGGUGGAAGGAGAGCUGGCCAGGAAAGAGCUGGAGCUUGACACAGAUAAGGACAAAGUGCAGCUGGUGAUUACGGAAGCCAAGCAGGCCGAUGCCAGAGCCAAGAGUGCCGGAGUUACAAUCCAAGACACGCUCAACACCCUGGACAGUAUCCUACAGCUGAUAGAUCAGUCUGGCAGCGUGGAUGAAGAGGGGCUGCUGCUGUUAGAACAAGAGCUUUUCCAAGCCAAGACCCAGGUCAACAGUCAGCUGCGGCCCUUGAUGUCUGAGCUGGAGGAGAGGGCGAGACAGCAGAGGAACCACCUCCACCUGCUGGAGACAAGCAUAGAUGGAAUUCUGGCUGAUGUGAAGAACCUGGAGAACAUUAGAGACAACCUGCCCCCAGGCUGCUAUAACACCCAGGCGCUUGAGCAACAGUGAAGCCGCCAUAGAGAUCUGUCAACUGCGGUGAGGGACACAGACCUCCGGAGUGAGGAGCCAUCUCGUGUGGAUGGGCUGGGCUCAGGAUAUUUGAGGAUGUUUAAUGGGUUUGUUCAGGUCUAUGGGACCCAAUUCCAUCCCUGAGACCAUGGGUACAUGAAUGUUUUCCUGUACCAAUAUGGUACUGUUUGCUUCCUGAUGCUGGCAAGGAAGCAGACAGCACCAGGCAUGAGACUGAUCAAGGACCAACUGCACCAUCAAAUGUUGACCUCAGAACAGUCAUACACUGAGUCCUGGGAUAUAGAAAGUUCUGCUGCAUAUGUCAGGACAAGAAAUCUGAUCCCACUGUGGCCGGUAGAGUACUUCGGCUUCACCCACUAUCAGUUGUGUUGUCCAGAUUUCCUCCACUGCCCACCCAGAGCAUGAGUAUGUCCUCUGCUUUCAAGCUGAGUGCAGUGAGCAGUGAUGGGCACAUGGCCUGGAAAUCUGGCCCAUUUGGAGCAAUGGUGCCUGCAGCCACCCUCUCCCCUUCAUGCUAUCAGCCUGAGUGUGACAUCCUUUCCCCUAAUGAUGCCAGAACAACUUAGAGACUCUAUUUUUAUGAAAGCACGUUUUUUUGUUUUUGUUUUGUUUUGUUUUACCAGCCAAGCAAUCAUUGGAAAGGUAUCUCCUUUGAGUUUCAAACUGAUAUAAGAAAAUGUAUCUUGGGCAUUAAAGGAAGUAGAAUAAUUAUCUAAAAGAUAUGUUAAUCUUAAUCCAAUCCUCCUUUGCAAACACUAACAGUCAUAGACAUCUGUGUGCUGUAUGUUAUUUUCUCACUCUCCCUCAAUCAGGGAUAAUCUAUCCUUCUAACAUGUAUUUAUUGAGAGCCUUCUAUGUGCCAGAGGUGAGCGGGACAGUGCCAACAUCAUCUACUCUCACGGAAUCGGCUGUCUGGUGAGAAGGACAAGCACUAGGCAUAAUAAAUGGAGACUCCCAAGCCUUGUUCAUCUCCAGUGAUAUUUAUUGCAGUCACCCUUUGGUCUGAAACCUCUUUUCUCCAUAGAACAUGUGUUGCAAGACAGCCCCAUGGGGAUACUUGAGUUAGGGCAAAGCUGAAGUUGCUCUGAGUUGUACACAUUUCUCUGUGUUCCAGCCGUCCCUCCACCCCUUCCCACAACAGACUGUUGCGACAGGCGAUUGCAUCACGCCAAUGCCGGCGGGAAUUGCUGAAGGAACCCGAGGCACUUGCACCUCGGCUUGGAAGACCUCUGUACUGUUUCACUCUGCAUUUCCUCAUCCUGUUGUGGAUAUGUAUUAAAUAAAAGAAGGAGUGUUAGAUGCUGGG